AUGACGGACGCUAACACCAGUGCCAAUACCAGUGCCUCAGUGGAUCGGAUUUCAGUUAAAAUCCCACCUUUCUGGCCCAACGAUCCUGAAAUAUGGUUCCUGCAAGUAGAAAACCAAUUUACACUGGCAAAUAUAACAAGUGACGCAACCAAAUUCAACUAUAUAGUUGCCAAUUUAGACACAGCCUACAUAUUAGAACAACAAAAGAUUAAAAGACUACUCGAGCAUGAAGAACUGGGCGAUCGAAGACCUUCGCAGUUCUUACGACAUUUACAGUCUUUAGCAGGCACAACGGUACCAGAAAAUAUUGUAAGGUCUCUGUGGUUAGGUAGACUGCCAGCGUCUACACAGGCUAUUCUAGCUACUCAAGCUAAAGCUGGUUUGGACGCAGUUGCCGAGCUAGCUGACACAAUAUCUGAAGCGAUAGUUCCUAGGGCCCAAAUUUCAGAAGCUUCUAACGCUCUUGAAAGUACCAUAGAGAAAUUGAUAGCCGAAUUAGCUGAAAUGAAAAUCCAGCUAUCCAGCUUGUCAAAUGCUCAAGCACAAGCUAACACAUACCGUCGAAACCGCAGCACCUCAAGAGGCAGACCUUAUCCUAGAGACAGGAGCUACAGCAGGGAACGUAAUAGUGAUAUUUGUUGGUACCACUACCGUUUUGGUGACCAGGCUCAAAAGUGCUCUCCUCCGUGCAAGCACCAGGGAAACGUCGCGGGCAGUCGGUAA